GCAAGGUCAAAGGAGGGGCAAUUGACGUUCACCCAACUGAACAAGCACUUGUUGUGAAUUAUGAAGUGGAAGCAACAAUAUUAGGAGAACUUGGUGAUCCUAUGCUCGGUGAAAGAAAGCAAUUUCAAAAAAUUUACUACAAUUUGUUUUAAAGUGAAGUUUGUUGAUUCAGUUUUUUGGAAAGUUAGCAUUACCAAGUUGGAACGUGUUUCUAAGUAGUUCAGAAGAGUUUUAAAAUCAUGGACACGUCAUUUGCUUCCACGUAUAUUGAAGUUCAUCCAGUUUUAGAUGCUUUAAUUGUUCACUACAGUUUUGAUUGUUUGUUAGGAGAAGAUGAAGAAUUGGAAUUGGAACAUUAUUUAACUAAGCAGGGAACAAAGCUAAUUCGAUUGCGAAGUUUGAACUCUACAACUGACAUAGCAGCUUUAGCUGAAGAAGUAAUUGAAAAAUGUAAAUUGAUUCAUGUAUCAAAGCUUCCAGAAGUGGAACAAUUGCUUUACUACCUGCAGAAAAGACCCGGCAAAGAAAAAACAUCAGGUGACUUGCGACCAACUGGACAAGAUGUUGAAGUGGAAGAUUGCAUGUUUGGUAUUGAAGAUGGUGAACAAGCCAGCAUAAACGAUAUCGAUAAUUAUGUUGAGCUUCUUUAUGAAGAUAUUCCAGAAAAAAUUCGAUCGUCCUCUCUGCUACUACAAUUGACACGUAACCCAGACAACCUUGAAGAACUGCUUCAGAAUGAAACAGUUCUUGGUGCACUUGCUCGUGUUCUCAGAGAAGAUUGGAAAAAGAGUGUCGAACUUUCAACCAAUAUUAUAUAUAUUUAUUUUUGUUUUUCAACUUUUUCACAAUUUCAUGGAGUUAUUAUACAUUUCAAGAUUGGAGCACUGUGCAUGUCCAUAUUAGAAUAUGAAUUAUCUCGACAUAAAAUGUGGAACGAAGAAUUGGACAAAAAGAAACAACAAAUAGCGAAUCUUCCAAAAUCAAAUCCUGCUGUAAAAGAGUUUGAAAAAACAGUGAAGAAAUGUGAAGCUAUUCUUAAAAAACAAGAUCAACUUUUAAGAGUUGGAUUUUAUCUCCUGUUGAAUCUGUCAGAAGAUGCUUCUGUUGAAGUCAAAAUGAAGAAACGUGGAAUUGUUGGGAUACUUGUGAGAGCAUUAGAAACAAGGGAUAACCCAGAAUUGCUUGUUCUUGUUGUUUCCUUCUUAAAAAAAUUGUCGAUAUUUUUGGAAAACAAAAAUGAGAUGAGAGAUAAAAAUGUGGUAAAAUCACUGGUCAGACUUAUUCCGACGAGCAAUGAAGAUUUAUUGAACGUUGCAUUACGUCUUCUGCUCAAUCUUUCGUUUGAUAAAGAUAUCAGAAAACAAAUGAUGGAGUCUGGUCUCAUACCUAAACUAGAUGGAAUCUUGGGUAACCCACUUCAUCGUGUUGCUAUUAUAUGUAUACUUUAUAACCUGACUAUGGAUGAACAAGCAAGAUCGUUGUUUUCUGAUACAAAGUGUAUUCCAACACUGAUCAAAUUUAUAUUGGAAUGCAAAGAUGAGAGAGCAGAUAUUGAAUUGGUGUCACUUGGUAUCAAUAUUGCAACAGACAAGAAAAAUACUCAGGUUAUUAGUGAAUGCAUCAAUGGUAGAGGAAUAAAAGUUCUUUUAAAAAGAGCUUUUAAAUUCAAAGACACUCUGAUGAUGAAAAUGAUCAGAAACAUGUCAGAACAUGCUGGACCUACAAAACAAAAAUUUAUUGAAUUCAUCAGUGCUUUAGCAAAGGCAAUCACUACUUCAAAAGAUGAAGCUUUCGUGAUUGAAUGCACUGGAACAUUAUCGAAUCUAACAUUAGCAAACAUUGAUUAUAAACUUGUUUUGGAAGAAUAUAAACUCGUUCCUUAUAUAAAGCGCAUCAUAUCUGGAGUUGAUGUUGCUGAUGACCUUAUAUUAGAAACUGUGAUGUUGAUCGGAACUGUUGCAAUAGAUGACAACUGUGCUGCAUUAUUGGCUAAAUCUGGAAUUGUUCAAGUUUUGAUCAGUUUAUUGAAUGAAAAACAAGAGGACGAUGAAAUAGUAUUACAGAUUGUUUAUGUGUUUUAUCAAAUGAUCUGGCAUGAGGUUACAAGAAAUGUUAUUGUAGAGGAAACUCAGGCACCGUCUUAUCUGCUUGACCUGCUUCAUGACAGAAACAAUGAGAUCAGGAAAAUCUGUGAUGCCACACUUGAUAUUAUCAUGGAAUUUGACAAAGGAUGGGAAGAGAAAAUCAGAGUUUCCAAAUUUCAUUGGCAUAAUUCACAAUGGAUAGAUAUGAUCAAAAAUCAACAAUUUCAAGAUGAAGAUGAUGAAUAUAUGUAUGCUGAUGAUCCAUAUACUCCAUACAUUCAUGAAGAAGAUAUCUUGAACCAUCCUGAACUGUACUACGAACCAGACAUGAUGUUAGGGAAUGGGGAAUUAAAUCCUGAAUUGAUGGAAGAUGCAAUGAUGGCAGCUUCAUUCAGAAAUAUGAUGCCAACUGGCUCUUCUGCCAUGUACGAUCCAACAUACAACCCGUAUGAAUCAGAAAUUGAAGCAAGACAUCAUAUGCAUUCCAUGCAACAAAGACCUACAACUCCUGAUAUACACUCAGGAUAUGGACAAUACUGAAGCAUGUGAUAGAGCUAUCGUUUGAGAAUAUUGCUCUGAAAUAUUUCAACUGUUCCUAUAUGGUGCGAUUAGAUAUACCAAUUGCUUAUUACCAAAAUUGAAUAUUCUCAAUUCGAUUUUUUUGAUUCAGUUGCGUUGUUAACUGCAGAUUUUGUUGUAGAUUUUUUCUGUUGGAAGAUAGGCUUGAAAUUGUAAUCAGAAAAUUGCCUGAAAUUUAAAAAAAUAAUGUUUUAAGCCAUUAAGAAAUAAUUAUUUAUGGUUUAUGUUCGAUAAUAUGUAUUUGCUAAUUGGUUCACUUAAUUUUGGCGUAGUUUUCAUAGAGCGAUUGUUACCAUUACCAUAAUUCUGAGUGAAAAAUGCACGGAAACACUAUUUUGUUUGGCCCUGACUAUACCGUAGUCGUUAUAUGUUCACAAAAUAUUACCAUUUACCUAGUCAAAUUGUAUCUUUUUUUUCUGAUUUAAUUUAUUAUAUGACUGAAAUUUCAACUUGUGUACUGUGUACAAUUUGUUCACCUUACCACAAGUAUUAUUAACCGUGGACCUCUGCCUUCAUGAAAUAGUAUUAAAUAUUUUAUAUGUGGUUAAAGCAAGUGAUUUAUCAUGGGCAAUGAUUUUAUUACCACAAUUAAAAAUUCUAGACUGGAGGCUGACAAAUUUUUUUCUUUGAACUUCUGCAUGCUACUGCUGUUCAUGUGUGGAGUGUCUUUUGCGGGAUAAAUAUUUUAUUGUAGUAAAAUGCUAGUGAUUUUUACACGUUUUUAUGAUAAAUAUUUUAUUUGUAAUUGUUCUUGUUCAAUUUUCUGUACCUAUGUCGCUUCAUCUUCAUUCCAUUGGAGCACUAGAUAGUUGUUUUAAUAUUUUAUAAUAUGUUCUCGUUACAUUAAACGUUUAUUUAAGCCUAA